AUGGAGGCCGCUUGGUUAUUAGCUCUGGGAUUAGCUCUGGCUCUGGCGGCGAUUCGCAGCAGCGAUGGCCAGCAGCAGCAAGUGGCUGGCAGCAGCAAACAGUCGCAACUGUGGCUGGAAUCCGUUGCAGAUUGCUCCUGCCUGCAUGCCAAUGAGCGGAAUGCCAGCCAGUGGGGCAGGCUGAGCAUCAACGCGAGUCAGGCACUCGGCGCCAAGAACAACUGCCUGAUGGUGUUUAUUGGUGGAAUGGAUGAUGAGCUGGUUGCCUUUCAGCUUGAGCAGUUGCAGCUGCGCGUCGGGUGCUUGGACAGCGUUGAGAUUUUUCCGUAUCUGCGCGAGCCCGUCAUCGAGAACUCAACACUGCCGGCGGACACUUUCUGCCAGCACAGCAAGAAUCGCACUGCCACGCCUAUUUAUAGCUCGGGCAGGCUGCUGGGAUUGCGGCUGCGUUUCCAGCAUCCGCCCACAAAGUUGGACAAUUGGCAGCUGAACCUCACGGCCAGUUAUAGGUUUCUGAAACGAGAAAACUUCAAGACGGAGGGGCGCUUGGUGCCGCACAGCUACUGCGACUUUUACUUCUUUGCCAGCCUGGCCGGGGAGGUGGGCAGCCUGGGGCAGGGCUACUUUCACUCGCCCCGCUUUCCGGCCCACUAUCCCGCGCACAUCAAGUGCGCCUACAAGUUCAUCGGGCGGCCCGAUACGCGCGUGGAACUCCUCUUCGAGGAGCUGCAACUGCCGCCAGUGCUCAGCGGCGGCUGUCAACUGGAUGCCUUGACCAUCUUCGAUGCGGAGUCCGCGCACAUGAACGCCGUGCUGGAUGUGCUCUGCACGCCCUGCCCCACGCGACGACUCGUGAGCAGCGGCCCGGACAUGCUGCUGGAGUUUAAUGCCAGCUCGAAUCUCACAGCUAAAGGAUUUCGCGGCAAGUACAAGUUUGUGUCGACGGGGCAGGGGUUGCCGUUGCCCCCACCCGCAGCACCCAUACUGGAGGCGGCCAGUGUGGCAUCGAAGCAGGAGAAGCUGCAGCAUCAGCAAUCGUCGCUGGCCAACAGCGCGAACAGUCUUCAGGCGGAUGCGGAGCUGUCGAAGCCCGGACGUUCAUUUGAGAAAUGCCAGCACACGUACGAUUCGCGUGUAAACAAAUCAGGAACAUUCGAGUCAAAUCAGCUGUUCUACAGCAAGAACUUUGGCGUUGCCAACACUGGCACGAGAAACAUUCUCUGCCGCUACGAUUUUGAAGCGCAACCGCCCGAACGCAUUCAAAUCCGCUUUCAUGACUUUAAUAUACCAACCAUACACGAAAACUCCACCGAAUGCCAGGCAAAUGAUGCCCUCCACGUGAUGAUUGAAGUGCGCGGCAGAUACGAGACACGUGAGCUUGUCUGUGGUGCGUUUCUGCCCAAACCUCUGAUGUCGAAUGGCCCGCAGAUCCAUAUGCAGUACUUUGGAAAGUAUCCACCUGAAAUGACCAACAAGGUGCAAUAUUACGGAUUUCGUGCGGAGUACAGGUUCCUAACAAAUUUUGGUAUCAUGUCGGGCGUCCAACAGGGCGAGGAAUGCACUUUCGUCUACAACAGCAGCGAACGCAUCAGCGGGCUCUUCCAUUCUCCCAAUUUCCCUGGCUUUUAUUUGGAGAACGUGGUAUGCAACUAUUACUUCUACGCCGGCAGAGACGAACGAGUUGUGGUACAUUUUACUUACUUUGAUGUGGAGGGCAUUGGCGCCUGUGAUCAUCAGACCGCCAGCGAUUAUGUGGAGUUUUCGAAUUUCAUGAGCACAGAUCGCAAGUACAGUAAAUACUGUGGCAAGCUGCAGGACUUUGAAAUGCGCUCGGAUGGUCAUUUCUUUCGGGUGACACUGCACUCCAACGAUCGCUUUGUGGCCAUUGGCUUUCGCGCGCUGUACACAUUUGAGCCAAUUCCAACGAAUAACUCCAACGCCGAUUUGCGGGGCAAUGCCUCAAUGCAGAGUUAUGUGUCUCAGGCGCCCUCACAGCAGGAUUUCUACAACUUAAUUGCUGUUAUUUUGGUUGCAAUUUCAUUUAUAAAACAUAAUAUAUAA